UUAAACUUAUUAUUACUACCAGUACCAAUUUUCCUCGUAUAUAAACCCUAAAUAAUUAACAAAUGGAGUAAAUCAGCCACUCCAAAAUCCAGUAAGGUAUCAUCUAAAUUCGCGAUGCGCAGCCUAAUUGGUCACAAACUGUUGAGUGGAAUCGGCAGUUUGAAUCGAAAUAGUCGGAGAUGUUACGGUCUAAUCCCUAUGGUAAUAGAGCACUCUUCCCGUGGGGAGAGAGCUUACGACAUAUUCUCAAGGCUCCUCAAAGAGCGCAUCAUUUGCAUCAAUGGACCCAUUAAUGAUGACACUUCCCAUGUUGUUGUUGCCCAGCUUCUCUUCCUUGAGUCUGAAAACCCUUCAAAGCCUAUUCAUAUGUACCUCAACUCUCCCGGUGGCGCUGUUACCGCAGGUCUUGCUAUUUAUGAUACAAUGCAGUACAUCCGGUCUCCAAUCAAUACUAUAUGUCUAGGUCAAGCAGCUUCAAUGGGAUCCCUUCUCUUAGCUGCUGGUGCCAAGGGUGAGAGGCGGUCUCUCCCUAAUGCUACAAUCAUGGUUCAUCAGCCUUCUGGUGGAUAUAGUGGGCAAGCUAAAGAUAUGACAAUUCACACGAAACAGAUUGUUCGAGUAUGGGAUGUAUUGAACCAACUAUACUCCAAGCAUACUGGACAACCAGUGGAUGUAAUUCAGAAGAACAUGGAUAGGGAUUAUUUCAUGACAGCCGAAGAAGCCAAGGAAUUUGGGAUAAUUGAUGACGUUAUCGAUCAAAGACCAAUGGCUCUGGUAACUGAUGCUAUUGCUAAUGAGGCCAAAGAUAAAGGUUCAACUUAGAAUAUGUGGGAUCUGGAACCUGGGUUGAUAUCUGAGAACUUUCAAGGGAUAUUUCGCUUAUGGAGAUUAGCAUGAGUACUUUCUUGAAGUAGUAAUAAGAAUGAUUUUCAGCAAUGUAAAUCAUUGUUCAUUUUUAUCGUGUAGAAGCGAGGAAGAAUUGUUGCGCUAAAAUUCCCGAUUUAGGUUUCUCAUUUUGAGCUUAAUGCCAAAGAUGUUAUUUGCAGCUGCUUCUGAGAAUUUUUUCUUCUACUACGCCGUUAUGGCGAUAUGUCAUUUAACGCUGUUUUAGAUAAAAGAAUUUUUGUGUGCACUGGAAAGCUGCUUGGCAUAUUUAUAGGCUUUAAUGCCGUGAUUCACUGCCCAGCAGUUUAUAGGCUAUGUUUGUAAAAUUGAACUUGUUGCU